AAUUAUUGUCAGAUUCAAAAGGAACGUCAAACUGUUCACGCAUCUUAAAAGGAACAAAAAUUUCCUCCCAACUCUUAAUAAUCAAUUUUUUUUUCUUUUCGUCAAAAUUAAUUUAAACUUUAUUUAUUUAUUUUAUUAAAAAACUUUUUUUUUCUAAUUAAAGUGAAGAAACCAAAUUUUCAUUUUUUGUGCAAAUUUUUUUUUUUUUUUUUUUUUUGGUGAAUGAAAAAAGAAUAGGACAAAAAAGAAAAUGGAUUCAAAAAUACCAAGUUAUCAAUUUUUGAAUUCGGAGAAAACUGAGGAGAUGCUUAAAGUAUUUAAAGGUGAACGAACUGGUUGGGUGCAAGUUGGUGAAAAAAAAUGGUUCUUCCCUUAUCGUUAUACGGAACAGGGUGAAGGAUUUUAUAAUUUCAAGGCGAAAUCCUCUGACACUUGGGUCAUUUCAUAUCCGAGAUCAGGGACAACAUGGACGCAGGAACUUGUUUGGCUUUUGAGCAAUAAUUUGGACUAUGAAACGGCUGGAAAAAUAAAACUUGCCGAGAGAUUUCCAUUUUUAGAAUUCAGUAUGUUUAAUCAUCCGGAAGUGACUAAGGCACUAUUAAAUUGGAACAAAGGCGAUCCAGUGAAACAACAAUUGUGCAAGGAAAUUGCAAGGCCCGGUUAUCAACUUCUAGAGGCACUUCCGUCACCACGAUUUAUCAAAACGCAUUUCCCAUUAAGUCUCCUGCCAAAUAUUUUAGAUUCCGGUUGUAAGAUCGUCUAUGUUGCUAGAAAUCCUAAGGACGUCGCCGUUUCUUGGUACAUACAAAAUAAGGCAUUUAUCACUCAAGGCUACAUUGGCGAAUUUCCCGAAUUUUGGAAUUACUUUAAAAACGAUUUAACCGCAUGGAGUCCUUACUGGGAGCACUUGAAGGAAGCUUGGAAUCAAAGAAACCACAAGAAUCUCCUCUUUCUAUUUUACGAAGAAUUACAAGCAGAUUUUCUGUCAACUAUAAAACGAGUAGCGAAAUUUCUCGAUAAAUCCUACAACGAUGAAGAAUUAAAGAAAUUAAUCGACUAUCUGGAUAUAAAGAAUUUCAAAAACAAUCCAAUGGUCAAUUUCGAGGAAUUACAAGAUUGUGGAAUUCUUCUAAUGAAAGGCGUAUUCGUCAGACAGGGACAAAAUGGAAAUUGGAAAUCAGUUUUCAGCAGAGAAAUCGAAGAAGAAGCUGAUCAAUGGAUAGCGGAUAAUUUAAAGGAUACGGAUUUGGUAUUUCCUACCAAAAAUCAAUGAGCAUCCAAGAAGGAAAGUUUAAUUUUUGAAAGAAAAAGUGUAAAAAGAAGGAAUUUUUUCAAAAAGAAAGUUUAGUGAUCUUAUUUUUUAUUGAAGAUACUCAGCAAUUGUACAAUUUA